GUCAAGAUAACCCUAGACAGUUGUACCCCUUUGUGACGAUACGGUGAAGAUGAACUUUCUUCGUUUCGCUUUCCCCUUGGCGUUGCUUGUAGUAGUUCAGCUAACCACUUUAACAUGGGCUGCAACGAAUGUGACAAAAACAUCAGGAAAAGGUAAAAAAGUGUUCCUUUUAUGUCGAAUCUCUUCAGCACACGCAUACUGUAUUCAUUGGAUUAAGCGUUGCUCCUGCAUAAGCCAUCUGAAACUGUAACUCAAACGCGAGCGGGCGUGCAAAGUUUGUCUAAGGCACCCUUGAAACUUAUUUUACAGCGGAAAUUUUUUUUCCAGUCUCAAACGCUACAGUUCUUCAGUAGACACACCUUUAAGAGCGGUAGUUACUUUUAAAUUUUUGCAAACAACGAUUCCGACAGUAGAUCUAAACAUAAACCUUCACAUAUGGAUGUUUGAUCGACAAAUUUUGAACUAUGUACUUCUAGAAAAAGAUUAAACUUUGAGAUACACUAUUUGUUACCUGCUGAAAACAAUUUACAGUAGCACAAAAGAAAUUGUGAUGGACUUUAAUUUUUAUCUCACGGAAGUUUUUUCCUAGGGAAGUUUAGCGAGCAAAUCGUUGCAUCUUUAGUACAAAAAGAAAACUGAGAUGUUUGGUGUACGCUCGAUGGGCCGAUCAAGCGACUAAUUGAAAAUUGACUUUCGUUUCGAGUUUUCAUCUCUUUUCUUUUUUUAACUUUGUGAGGAUGGCAGAUGACCUAGCGAAGGUUAGAUAAACGUUGGCUAAACUGCGCUAGGUUACGCUAGUCUUCAAAGAAGUUUACACGGCAAGUCAGUCCUCCAAAGAAUUCAAAGAAAUAGAGAGCCUCCUUCCUCAAACUCUACGGUCAGUUUUCAAUUUUGGUCAUCAUGGCUGAUGAAAUGUGUUUCAAAGAUUUUUUCAAAUUUCUCCUAACCGGAACAAUACACCAUUAAUUCUGCAUUAGGGAGCAACCAACAUUUAUCACAUGGGGGGAGAGGGGGGAAUGGAAGGAGGAUUUUAAGGGGCCAAAGUACUUUUUAGGGGGGUUCAUAUGGUUUUCAAGAGAACGAAAUGGGGAUCGGUCGUUGUUUUACAGAGUAUAAAAGGAAAACUAUAGGAAAUUGAUUGUAGAUGAGUGGGGAUCAUUAGAAUACUACAACAACCCCCCUCCCAUCCCCCCCCCCCCUUUUUCCCAGGCGAUAAAAGACAAAUGACCGGUUCAUUGAUUUGUAUACGAAAAUUUAAUUGUUGUAGAGCUCAUAGAGCUAACAUGAAAAUUACAAAUAAUCCUAAACUGCAUUUCUUUGAAGAAUGUUUUACGGAAAGACAGACAUUCCUACUCGAGGUCUAAUUUUGUUCAGCAAAACAAUUUUAAAAAACUUUUUUUCGGAAAAAAUUGUUGUAGAACUCAUAGAGCUAACAUGAAAAUUACAAAUAAUCCUAAACUGCAUUUCUUUAAAGAACGUUUUACAGAAAGACAGAUAUUCUCAAUCGAGCUCUAAUUUUGUUCAGCAAAACAAUUAAAAAAAGCUGAUUUAUCAAAGAUUGAAAUAUUAACUUUUAUCAUUACCCCAGAGUGAGAAUCGAAUGGAAGAAUAACACACGGACCCCUGUGGAAUCAACGAAUCAAUAAACUGUGAUCUAAGAAAUUAAACGAAAUUUAAGGUUGUUAAUAUAAACAUUUUGUCGAAGAUUUGAUAUGUAAUGGUAUAUCCUGGUCUUUACUUCUCAACUGGAUUUUUUUAAAGUAAUUUCCCACCCCAGUUAAGAGGCUUCGUUGAAAUUCGCAGGGAACCAAUCCACAUAACUUUCUAGAUUAGUCCUGUGAGUCAUUUCUCCAUUCGAAUGAGACAAAUCCCUCACAUCAUUUUACUCGAGAGUGUGGGCCGUGACAAAAUCACAUGAUCUAACUCACAGCAAUCUUCAAAUGAGUGCCUGAGCUUAAUUACCCGUGAUGCAUUUCUUUUGCCUAAUUACACCCCGCGAUUGUUUUAUAAACUUGUGCGAUUGUAUCCUACGAGCAGGCGAGCAGGCCCUCGAUCAUUAAUGGCUCUGCGGCACGUGCGUUUCUCCGCUCACAAGAAAAUUUGUCUCGAGCCUGGGGAAGUGUUUGUUGUCUGAAGUGGGAGGACGCGGCAAUAAAAAUGAGCCUAGAUCCCUUGCCUCGCCCGUUUUUUUUUUUUUUUUUUUUUUUUCUCACGGUCUAAUACUUACUUUGUCGCGGGUAAAGAAACGCCCGCGUAGAAGUGCUGAUAUUGACGGCCCACUCGCAAGUUUUUGGCAAUCAAUCAACCAAUCAGAAGAAGGACUAAACUUAAAUCUCUAAUCGUGGCGUUUACUUUCAGCUCUCAUAAACCUUGUAAUGUUUACAUCCUGUAAUGUUUACUUUUUUCCGUUUGGGGAAUUACUUUAGUCUUGGUCUUACGUCACUUGAUCAAUAAACGCUCAAAUUCGAUUGUGUGAUUCCCAUUGCGAAUUCAACAUCGUAAAGAAAUACAGUACGAAAACUUAACGAAUCACGGUAAAAAUCGAAUCUUUAGUAGGUGGAAAUAUGGGAAUCAUUUCGCAGAGUAUUCUCACUUAAGGAGAGCUAAGUCCAUUGCAAAUUGAUUUAUUUAAGGGUUGAGAAAAAGAUCAAACAAGGAUGGUGGCCUGGAGUGCUAGCUUACAGGAACUUGGAAUACUAAUAAUAACAAUAAUGAUUGUAAUAUAGAUUUAAUCCUAAUAUUCCAUAGGGACCUAGUCCGCUUGAUUGCAAGGCCGUAGCUCCUGAAGAAUAUGGGAGAGUCCUUCCGAGUAACUCGUAACUUCUGAUUAUAACUCUUUGGUAAAGUUUUCCUGAAUGUCCGUCAAAGAGCUUCGACUUUCACAUAUUUCUGCUCAUAGUUAUCCAAACUAAGGAAUAUUUUCAGGCUUUGGAUCUUGUUUUCUGAACAAAAUUUUCGCAACGAGACUCAAGUCACCACAGACAUUUGGGGUGGAAUGUGUAAAAACUUUAAAUUUCAAUUUACUCAGUACAGUAACGGUAGCAAUGGCCGCAGUGCGCAAACAGAAGAAAAACUUCAUAAUGUAGACAGACUGUGAGCGUAACAAAAUGGGGAUUCACUGAAAGUCUUUCCUUCCCUUUUCUACCUUUUUAUUUUUCCUUCAUUUUUCCCUCUCCUCAUCCUUGCUUUAUUCUAUUUUUUGAUGCUUUCGAUGACAUUUUAGCUUUCGCCUCUAUAUAUUGUUCAAAUUGGCGUCAACGUCAACGGAAUUUCCCCAGUGAUCCCACCGAGAAAAACCCAAAUCCUCACAAUAACUCGCGAUGACAUUCGCCCAGAGGCGAGCAGCGUUUCUAUGGCAUCAAGUGAAGCAAAUGAAACUGCAGGGUGUGGGUGUAAGGAAAUCAAAAUUUUACACAUCCAUAGAGUUUUACAUAUAUCAUAUUUUUCAAAGACAGCUUUCAAAAUGACUAUUCGUAUUUCUCAUGACUGCAUUAUGUCUGUUUCUUGUCUAAAAAUGCAAACUGUUUAGUUUCAGGAAGAAACGACUAGUCCGAUAUAGGAAAUGAAAAUAUAGUUCCUCCUUAUCUCUUUAACUUUUAAGGGGCAGUUUAUUUGGUAGUGAACGUUAGAGAAAGACCGAAAAAAUCAGCUUUCUUUAUUCCCUGAUUGUCUUAAAUAUAACUUAAUUUCAGAAACUAUUUAGAGGAUCGAUUUAUUUUAAAAAAUUGUAGCUGAAAUUUAUAAUUGUAGAUGUCUAUGUAGUUAGGUAGGAAAGUUUAUUUGUAUGAAGAGUUCGUUUCAUCUUAGAUCAGAAUUAGGCUUUUUAUCAUUAUCAUUAACCAUUUUUUAAGCAUUUAUUAUUAUCAUUAGAGAAAUUUUCAAUUGAGUGUCGAAAGUAAUCAAGGAUUGCAUUGAUUUAACUUUACUUCGUUCUGUGAUUGGUUCUGAAAGCUCGAGUCACUCUCUCAACCAAUCAGAUGCAAAAUUGAAACCAAUCACAACUUAGUGACCCAUGUUUAGGCAGUCUGGUUGUAUUUAACUUGAGAAUCACUCCUACACUGGCCAUUCUGUUCGUGAAACUUUUCAUUUAGCUUACGCCUGCAACUAAUUCAGUUUUCGUCCUUUGAUAACAUUGUAUGCUUCUCAAUCACUGGAGGACAAGACCAAAAUGACAGAGUCUGAGUUCCUGGGGUAUUAGUCAGGACCGGACUUAAGGCAAAAAUCGUUUUUCAUAUUUCGGAUGAAAACAUAUUACUUAGUGGCUUAUUUGUCAGAUGAAAAUGUUCUGUUGCUAGUGUUUUCCUGAGGAGAAGCUUAAACAGUUGUAAAAAACUUUCCCUUAGGUAUUUAUUAACUAACAGGUUGACUAAGGCAAAACAUUGCUAAGGUCACCAGCAUUAGAGUAAAGAGCAUUAGUCUUGAGUCUAGAGUUUGGUUAUUCAAUCAGACUGAGUGUCAUAAGAUACUUUAAAAGCUUUUCUCUAUUACCUGUUUUCACAUCUUUUGUUUCAAGCAGUCCUUUUAGCAUUGAAGAAAGACUUUUUCUACACGAUGACAACAUUGGAUGUCAAAAAAAAAUUGAGACAAAGUCAACCAUGAGAUCCAUUAAGAUGUCGUGAAUUCCUCUGUGGUAACUGUGACGACAUAGAUUAUGUACUGUCUUCUAUCACAAAAUCUUAAACAUAGUGAAGAGAUCACAACAGCUAAGCAGUCGAGAUAAGCCUGGACAGUUGUACGCCUUUGUGACAAUACGGUGAAGAUGAACUUUCCUUGUUUCGCUUUACCCUUGGCGUUGCUUGUAGCAGUUCAGCUCAACACUUUUACAUGGGCUGCAAUGAAUGUGACAAAAACCUCAGGUAAGGUAAAAAGGGUUCCCUUUAUGUCGAAUCUCUUUAGCACACGCAUACUGUAUUCAUUAGAUUAAGCGUUGCUCCCGAAUAAGCCAUAUGAGACUGUAACUCAAACGCGAGCGGGCGUGCAAAGUUUGUCUGAGGCACCCUAGAAACUUAUUUUACGGCGAAGAUUUUUUUCUCAGUUUCAAACGCUACAGUUCUUCAGUAGACACAACUUUAAGGGCGGUAGUUACUUUUACAUUUUUGCAAACAUAGAGCAAGCCUGUUCAAGCAGUGGAUUCUGUGUGGGUUGUUAAUUCGAUUCCGAUAAUAGAUCUAAAGGUAAACCUCCACAUAUUGAUGUUUGAUCGACAAAUUUUGAACCAUUUACUUCUAGACAAAAUUAAACUUUGAGUAACACUAUCUGUUACCUGCUGAAAACAAUUUACAGUGGAAUAAAGAACUUACGAUUUACUUUAAUUUUAAUUUGACGGAAGUUUUUUCUCAGAGAAUUCUAGUAAUUACAAGCAAAUCAUUGCAUCUUUAGGAUAAGAAGAAAACUUAGAUAUUUGGUGUACGCUCGAUGGCCGAGCAAAGCGUAAUUGAAAAUUGACUUUUGUUUCGAGUUUUCGUCUUUUUUUUAAUUUUGUGAGGAUGGUAGAUAACUUAGCGAAAGUUAGAUAAACGUUGACUAAACUGUGGAAGGUUACGCUAGUCUUCAAAGAAGUUUACACGGUAAGCCAGUCCUCCAAAGAAUUGAAAGAAAAAGAGAGCCUCCUUCCUCAAACUCUACCGUCAGCUUUCAAUUUUGGUCUUCAUGGCCGAUUAAACGUGUCUCAAAGAUGUUUUCAAAUUUUUCCUAACCGUAACAAUACAUCAUUAAAUUCUGCAUUAGGGAGCAACCAACAUUUAUCACAUGGGGGAGGGGGCAAUGAAGGGUGAAAGAAGGAUUUUUGGGGGCCAAAAGCUUCACAUUUCAGAUGGAAACAUAGUUCUUAGUGGCCUAUUUGUCAGCUGAAAAUAUUCGGUUGCUAUGUUUUCCCGGGAGGAAGCUAAAAACAUUUGUAAAAAUAUUUCCCUUAAAGGUAUUUAUUAACUAACAGGUUGACUCGGGCAAAAAAUUUCCAAAGGUCAUUAGCAAUAGAGUCGAAAUCAACCGGUUAUUCAAGCAGACUGAGUGUAAUAAGAUACUUUAAAAGUUCUUCUCUAUUUCCUGUAGGUAUUCACAUCUUUUGUUUCAAGCAGCCCUUUUAGCUUUGAAAAGAGAUUUUUGCUGGUCGAUGACAACAUUAGAUGUCAAAAAAAAUUGAGACAAAGUGAACCAUGAGAUCCAUUAAGAUGACAUGAAUUCCUCUGUGGUAAUUGUGACGAGAUAAAUUAUGUACUGUAUUCUGUCACAAAAAUCUUAAAGCUUAUAAGAACAUAACAUAGUGAAGAGAUCACACAGCUAAGCAGUCGAGAUAACCCUAGACAGUUGUACCCCUUUGUGACGAUACGGUGAAGAUGAACUUUCUUGGUUUCGCUUUCCCCUUGGCGUUGCUUGUAGCAGUUCAGCUUAUCACUUUUACAUGGGCUGCAACGAAUGUGACAAAAACCUCAGGAAAAGGUAAAAAGGUGUUCCCUAUAUGUCGAAUCCCUUUCUCACACGCAAAUUGUAUUCGUUGGAUUAAGCGUUGCUCCCGAAUAAGCACUCUGGGACUGUAACUCAAACGCGAGCGGGCGUGCAAAGUUUGUCUGAGGCACCCUUGGAACUUAUUUUUACGUGGAUAUUUUUUUCUCAGUUUCAAACGCUACAGUUCUUCAGUAGACACACAUUAAAGGGCGGUAGUUACUUUUACAUUUUUUCAAACAUAGAGCAAGCCUGUUCAAGCGGCGGAUUCUGUGUGGGUUGUUAAUUCGAUUCCGAUAAUAGAUCUAAACGUAAACAUUCACAUAUUGAUGUUUGAUCGACAAAUUUUGAACUAUGUAUAGACAAAAUUAAACUUUGAGUAACUAUCUGUUACUUGCUGAAAACAAUUUACAGUAAAACAAAAGAACUUAUGAUGGACUUAAAUUUUAAUUUGACGGAAGUGAAUUUUAGUAAUUACAAGCAAAUCGUUGCAUCUUUAGGGAAAGAGAAAAGCUGAGUUAUUUGGUGUACGCUCGAUGGGAAGAGCAAACGGUCAAUUGAAAAUUGUCUUUUGUAUCGAGUUUUCUUCUUUUUUUAAUUUUGUAAAGAUGGUAGACGACUUAGCGAAAGUUAGAUAAACGUUGACUAAACUGAGCAAAGGUUACGCUAGUCUUCAAAGAAGUUUACACAGUACGUCAGUCCUCCAAAGAAUUGAAAGAAAAAGAGAGCCUCCUUCCUCAAACUCUUAGUUCAGCUUUCAAUUUUGGUCUUCAUGGCCAAUUAAACAUGUUACAAAGAUGUUUUCAAAUUUUUCCUAACCGUAACAAUACAUCAUUAAUUCUGCAUUAGGGAGCAACCAACAACAUUUAUCGCAUGGGGGGAGGGGAGGGGGGAUGAGGGAUGGAGGAAGGAUAUUUGGAGCCGAAGUAUUAUUUUUUGGGGGGAGGAGGGCUCACAUGGUUUUCAGGAGAAUGAAAAGGGGGAUUAGUCGUUGAUUACAGAGUAGAUAAGCAGAACAAUAGGAAAUUGACUGUAAAUGAGUGGGGAUCAUUAGAAUACUACACCCCCUCCCCCCCUCUCUCCCCUCCCCUCCCCCUACCCUCCUUUUUUCCCAGGCGAUAAAUGACAAAUGACUGGUUCCUUGCAUGCAUUCGUCUAUGAAAACUCAAUUCUUGUAGAGCUCAUAGAGCUUACGUGAAAAUUGCAAAUAAUCCUAAACUGCAUUUCUUUGAAGAAUUUUUUACGGAACGACAGAUAUUCUUACUCGAGGUUUAAGAAGAAAAAUUUAAAAAAACUGUUUCUCCAAAAAGAUUUAACAUGAAAAUUACAAAUGAUCCUAAACUGCAUUUCUCUGAAGAACGUUUUAUAGAAAGACAGAUAUUCUUAAUCGAGGUCUAAUUUUGUUCAGCAAAAUGAUUUAAAAAAAACCUGAUUUAUCAAAGAUUGAAAUAGUAACUUUUAUCAUUGCCCUUGAGUGAGAAUCGAAUGGAAGAAUAACACACGGACCCCUAAGGAGGUAGUCGUCAUCUUCAUCCGAACGAAGAUGUUCUAUGAAGGAUAAGCAUAUAGCAUAAUUUUGAGAAACGUGUGGUAAUAUGAAUAAAAAAACAACCUUUUCUUGUGUCAAAGAUUAUGAUGAGCAAGGAAAACACCUGGGUGAACAACCACUACGUAGCAUGGAAAUAGAGUGCGAUCUUGACUCAUUCUCAUUGGGUAAUAGUAAACCAACCUUUCCAGAGCAGCCAGGUGUCACCCUUCCCCUCUGCCAAGGCGAGUAUUACGCCACUCUCUACGAUAACAAUUUGGGAAUUGCGCGUUACUCACUCUACAAGAUUACCGCCGCACAAGCCACGGCAGCCAAAGUAGGGAGACCUAGAGGUGACCCAUGGAAAUCGAAUCAGACGCCAGGUAAGUUAAUUACUGUUACUGUUAAAAUUUACUUUUGUAAUGAAGAAAUUUAGGAAAAAAAUAAAUUCGUUCCCCAUUCCACGACUACAACGUCCGUUUGUUCGUGUUGUUUUGGUCUUUCACGCACUCCUAAUGCGAUCGAUAAGAUGCUGAUAUGAGGUUAUGCGAGUAUUUCGUAAACUUAAAGUUAAAACACUAGGAAAUAUAUACAUGUAUAUAUAUAGAAAGCCUGUGUUUUGAUUUUUCCGUUGUACAGUGCUCGAUACGCGGAAGUAGAGCGCGAUACAUAUUGUAUAAAUCCCCUAAUGCGUGAGCAAUCACGAAAUAGGCUUGUAAGGAUAAAAGUAUAGUCUCUUGGUUUCUUCCUAUCUCAACAUAAAUAUAUAUACAGACAUACAUUAAAAAGAGACACUUUUUGAUGAGAAAAAAAAGUUUUAUAUAUUUAAUAAUUCUUUUUUUUCAAAUUGAAACGUUUUUGAAAACGGGUGUAUACGCAUAUAUAUAUAUAUAUAUAUAUACAUAUAUAUAUAUAGGAAUGUGUUUUUAUAUAUAGAUAGAUAGAUAGACAUAGGUAGAUAGAUGGAUAUAUAGUUGGGUAGAUAUAUAGAUAGAUAUUAGGUAGACAUACAUUUAUAUUAUGUAUCAUCAUUCUAUCACGCUAUUUACCACAUUAGGGCAACGGUACAUACAAAACAUGCGAAGGUUUUACACUGCUGAUAGAAGGAGCAAAAUUACGAAAGGAAAGAAGAGAAACUUGUGAUAAAAGUCAUGCAUGAUCGAUGGUUUAAUCAUGUUGAGCAAAUCAUUUCUUUGACCUAAAUGAGCUCUUUCACUUAAACAUUUCGUAACUGUGAUCGGGAGGGUAAGAACUUUAUUUACAUGGCGGAUCAAUCGACAACAAAAUUUCUUGGCUUGUAGGUGACAUCAGUGUACUUUAAAAUUCUCUCCUGUUCAGAUAUUCGUCAAGGAAGCAAAGCAUUGUAUCAGAACCAACCUAUCCAGGGUACAUACGAUAAAGGCCAUCUGGUUCCUGUUAACAUCUUAAGUUACAGCCAUAAAAGUGCUCGUGAUACUUUCAUCUACACCAACUGCGUGCCACAAAUUGCAGGUUUCAACAGAGGUCAGUGGAACAAGUACGAAAGGAAAAUAAAGAUAUACGCCCGGAAAACUUGUUCUCAGAACGGCGGAACUCUUUACCUAAUCACUGGCACAUCGAAGGUUAAGUUUGUUUGGACACUAUAUGGUCAAGAAAUGACAGGGUGGAAGGAACCUCUGCAAUGGUUCCAUAAGAACGCGUAUGUAAACGACAGGAUCGCAAUUCCGAACUCGAUGUGGACGGUGGGCUGUUGUUUGAACUUUAACAAUGAAGUCGUGGGAGCGUUUGGUGUAAUGGGUGAUAAUUCUAUUAACAAAAAGCGCUUAAAUAAAUUUAUGAUGUCUAGACAAACCGUCGCAUAUGUUGAAAGCGCCCUUAAAUUAGAGGAUUCAACAAUUAAAUUGUUUCCUAGCGGCGGAGAUUGCUAUGAUCCAGAAAAAAACGUUAAAUUGAAUGAUAUAUGAUUUUAUUAGGUUUCUUGAAAGGAGUAUGGGUAAAAUCCUUGACAGAAAUCUGAGGGGCAUCUUGGAUGAAAUAACCAGAUUCAGAUCAAUGUACAUAUCUACGUAAUAAAUACGUGUGCUAUGACUGGUCAAUUAAGCGGGCCGUAUUUCACUGUACGUCUCACUAAAUUCAAAUCUUUGUUUAAGUUGAAAUCUUCCUCAUCUAUUUGAACCCGAAAAUAUAACAAAUAUCUUAGUAACUCGCUUUUUCGGGCUGUACUGUUAGUCACGAACUCGUUUAGAAAAAGGUGUUUAAAGCUUGUAUUUCCAUCCUAUAUGUUCAAAAUAUGCAUGUACAGAUAUAUGCAAUAUGCAAUACAUAUUGUAAUGCAAUAUGCAAUACAUAUUGUAACGAAUAAGUAGAAUCAAAGAAUCAAUUAAGUGUGAUAUAAGAAAUUAAAUGAAAUUUAAGGUUG